AUGAACUCCGUUUCAACCAUGUCUUUGCUGGACAGCGACCUCGAAAAGUUUUUAAGGGAUGUUGAUCAGAUGAAUGAGUUGGUCAGCGAGUUAAAUUCCAGCGAAGCAUCGUGCCAGGAGUAUGCAAUUGUGAAGACAGAGCAGUUAAUUUCGUCUUUGGAGCAGAAGGAACAGUAUAAAACCAAAAUCAAUAAGACGGUUAUAAACACCUCAUCAUCUGAAAAUGACCUCCUGAACAUCCAAUAUGAAUUGAGUCAAAAUCCAGAGAAUUUCUUGAAGAUUUUAGAAAAAGAUGCUGACGACAGAAGUCAAAGAAGAAAGAUGAAGGAGGAAAGAGCUAAUGUGCUAAGGGAGCAAGGGAAUGAGGCUUUCACUCAAGGUGACUAUGAAACGGCUGUCAGGUUUUACACUGAAGGUUUAGAGCAGCUGCGUGAUAUGCAGGCUCUCUACACAAACAGAGCUCAGGCCUUUAUCAAGUUGAAGAGAUAUAAGGAGGCCAUAAGUGACUGUGAAUGGGCUCUGAGGUGCAAUGAAAAAUGUAUUAAAGCAUUUAUACACAUGGGGAAAUCUCACCUAGCACUCAAGGAUUUCACACAAUCCAGGAUUUGCUAUCGAAAAAUCUUGGAGAUAGAGCCACAGCGGGAGACCAUGGUCAAAGCUUAUCUGAGACGAGUGGACAUGGAAGAGAAAGUGGCGCUUCAGGAAAAAGAAGCUUGGGAAGAGCUACAGGAGGGAACAGGGCAGGCCACGGCAGUAGCAGACUUGCUGAAAAAGCUCGAAAGGCCCAAUGAGAUCAAUCUUUACUACUGUGGUGGACUGGAGCUGCUCUCACAGACUAUUAAAGACUGUUCUGGCCAGACUUUAUUCAGAUUAAACAAUGGCUUCAGUAUCAUUAAAGGCAAUAACACUGUAAGAAGCUGCCUCUCACAGAAUUCAAAAGAUCCAUAUGCGGUGGAUCUAUGCAUUUCCCUCAUCAAACUCUGGAGGGUAGUUUGCAGUGGAAACGAGCAUAACCAGCAGCUGUUGAUGGAGUGUUCCAGCGCUAGACAACACAUGGUCCAGCUGUUGGCUUCGCCCUUUCAUGAAAUACACACUGAAAGCCUGCAGUUGCUCAGCAUGUUUGCACAAACUCAGCAUGGAAGAGAGCUGAUCAUCCACAACCUGGAUUCACAACAAAUGGCCGAGAACCUGAUGAUCUGUGUGUGCCGCAAUACGAGCUCCACAUCGCCGCUGACACUCCUGGAGAAUUUGGCUUCAGAAAAGAAAUUUCAGAUUCAGUCGAGGGAGAACUUCACAGCCAUUUUUGCCCUUCCUCUUGAAGAUCUGCUGUCAAAUAUCACAACAGCAGACCACAAGAUGUUAGCUUCUGUGAUUUCUGUCAUCGGGACCAUAGCCCAGGAUGAUGUCAUCAGCAAAAACCUAGCAGGCCGUGAGGAAUUUUGGAGAUGCUCUCUUCAAGCCAUGGAACAGUGCAUGGGCUGUGAAUGUGGAAAUGUCCUUUAUCCCCUCCUGGGUUUGAUGAUCAACUUAGCCUCAAAUCCCUCUCAGGUUGUCCAGGAGCUUGCUGUUCCAGCCAGCAGCAGGUGCUUGGGUCUGCUGAGCCAUUGCUCUGGGGGUGUCAUCACAAGAGCUGCUGGUUUGCUAAGUGUUCUCCUCCUGCUGUCUUCUGAUGCCACCCGGGAAGCUGUGCAGAAUGGAGUAGUGAAGAAGCUGCUGAAGAUCCUGAAGGCAGGGGGAGAGAUGAGCUCCAGAUACUCCAUUAAAGCCCUGACAGUUUGCACCGCUUCAAUCCCAAAGGCCCGGGAGGAGCUGGUUAAGCUUGACAAACGGCUGCACACUCUGAGAAAUCUCCUGGCCGGUAUUGACGAGUUGGUGGUGGGGAAUGCAGCUUUGUGUAUGGGCCACUGCUUAGAAGUGGAUGGCGUUGCCAGUUGCCUCCUGGGUACAGACUGCGUGGCAUUGCUGCUUCGCCACGCCGCUGGAGAUGCCAAAAGAGCAGCCGUUCAGCAGAAUGCAGCCAUCACCCUUGGGAAGCUGUGCAAAAUAGAGCCCAGGCACAUGGAGAAGCUCAGGGAGCUCCAUGGUUUAGAAAUCCUUCACUCCUGUAUGAGACUGAUCACGUGAGCCACUUCCCAAUAAAUGACCCCAUAACUCAGGACACACGCACACACAGAUGAAUGCUGUUUGGUCCACAGCUUAAGAUGCUCAUCUUAAGUGAGGCCACAAAUUACUGUCAUGCCUGAGGCCUAUCUUGAUUAUGCAGCUGUUUCCUGUGUUCAUUUUAAUUAGAGAGAAUUCACAUUGACAUGUGACUCUGUUAUCUGCUGUUGUAGAGAGCAUGUUGCCCCGGGACGAUAUUCGAAACGUUUCAAUUUCUUUUCAUCCCAAAUGGCUCACUUGGGAAGUGUGUUGCCUUGAUUACAUUUUGUUCUCUGUUUGUUGAUAAAUGGAUUAAUGGUAACUUUUAUGUGCUGAAUAAUAAUAAUAAUAAAAAGAAUA